CAUACUCUUCGGUUGGGCGCACGUUUUGAGUUAUUUCUCGUCGUCUCGAUGAGACACAUGAUAGAUUGUUUUUUUUUUUUCUCAACGAUUCUUCAAUAAAUACGUUGAAGUAAUAUCGAAUGAAUUGAAUUUAAAAUUUGUGAUACUUGAAUAGAAAAUCAAUAUGAAUAUUUCUAUUUUUUCUUACUGCUGCGCUUUGAUGUUUCUUUUACUGGGAUUCCAUACAUUCGGAUAUCCUUUGGAAGCAGAACUUUAUGAAGGAAGUCAAUGUCCGGCGGAGAACGGAGGCUCUGGGGUUUGCAGACAAUUGCCAGAUUGUUCAGUGCUACUACGAGAGACGAUAAACGGUAACAGAAGAGGAAAAACUUCGGACCGAUGUGGCUUCUAUGGUUUUACGGAAAUCGUCUGCUGUCCGGAGAAUAUCGAGAAGAAAUUUAACGUUCGACCUGCAGAUAAGGCAUGUCAAAAAAUCAUUGAAUUCAAGAAAGAACUCGAGUUUGCUGCCCGAGAAAUAGAGAAUCAAACUACAACGAGAGCUCCUCGGACUUCGACCAAUCGUACUGAAAUAAAACUAACCCCGUUCAUUUGGAAUGGCACACAUGCCCGGAACGGUGAAUUUCCCUAUGCAGUAGCUCUCGGUUAUCCAAACACGGAUGGAGAAACGUCGGACCCAAUAAAUUAUGAUUGCGGUGGUACACUGAUCUCUUCAAAAUGGAUUCUCACCGCCGCCCAUUGUGUUAAUAACAGGCACAAUAAAAUUCCUAUUAAGGUUAAAAUGGGAGCCACCGAUAUUCGUGACGCGGGAUUCGAAUCUGAUCUCGAUGAGAUCAUAUCACACCCAGCUUACAAAAGGAGUCAAGUUUACAAUGACAUGGCCCUCAUUUCUCUCAAGUCCGGAGGAAUGAGAAGUAGUGGUAAUAUCGGACCGAUUUGUUUGCAAACAAGAUCUCUGCAACCGUCCGAUAUUACGCCGGACACGACGAUCGUGACUGUUGGUUAUGGUGACACGGAAAACGACGUCAAGUCCAACAAAUUGUUGAAAUCGGCGAAUCUCAGUCUUGUUGAUACAGAAAUGUGCAACAGUUCGCACAAGAUUUCGCGCAGCCUCUCACGCGGAAUCGACGACACUCUCAUCUGCGCUGUGGACCGUGAUACUACGAGAAGAUCGGAUGCUUGUCACGGCGACAGCGGAGGCCCACUGGUCAUGAUAUCCGGCAAGGUUCAUACGCUUAUCGGUGUUACAGCGUUUGGUAAUGGUUGCGGUAAUGCAGAUCCCGGUGCUUACACUUCCGUUCACGCUUAUCUCGAUUGGAUUGAGUCAAUAGUCUGGCCUCACCGGGGAAGGUCAUGAUUGUACAAUAAAUAGCAUUUGCUCCCGCGUUGACUAUUUGAAUUGCCAUAUUUUCAAACGACUGCCUUUAUUAUCGCGAUUUAUUUUGUUCCAAGUUACUUGGGCUCCGCCUGACUCGGUCUUUUUUAUCAGAGUUUUACAUUGUCAUUAAGAAAAUACACAUUUGUAUCGUGCAUCCUCCUCCGCAUACGUCGGUUUUAUUCACUCAUUGCAUUUUAUGCUGUAUAAAAGGAUUGAAAAUUUUUUAAGCCGAGUGCAACGUAGUUGCGAUGAACAAUAUCUGUCUGCCCAAUCGAUUGUGCGCAUUCGUCACAAAUUUUACUCUAAAACACGACAAACAUUAAUGCUCGGUACUGAAAGUACUGCUAAUGUAAUACAACCCACGUAUCGAUGUCUCAACAAUAUGACAAAUAAACGGUGUUGAAUUUCCUGCGUA